CAACACUUCAACUGGCGGAGUUUUAAAGGCGUCCUUGACAGCGCCGUACUAGCCUCAUUACCAUUGAUUGAUUGCCACCGGGCUUGCCUAGAUACCGCACAAAAUGACGUCCUUCCUGCCGUCCGUCACCCACGCAUCCCGGUCGGCUCGUUGCGUACCCUUUUCGACGCUCUCACCACAACCGCGAUGUAGCCCCUCACCUCUCACCGCCUUCUUAUUCAAACUUAAGACGUCUGCUCCUUCGCUACCCUCCUCCCUCUCGCUCGACCCUGACCUGUUUCCCCGUUUUCGCCGCAGCCCUUCAGCCUGCGUCGUCGCCUCCCUUCGACUGUACACUUGACCAUGGCGCGGGCGAUGGAGACAACGCAAGAUCCACUUGCCUCAAGAAAGGACAUCAGGGCCGGAUUAAGGCAGAAGCCUCGGUUGAUUGAGGUUGAGAUUUCUGGGAGGAUCACUUCCAUACCUUUGGCGGCACUGCUAAAGAGGACUGCCGCACACAAGGCGCCCAUUUUUUCUUUCAAGCGGUUCAUGAAGGCAGUAAAAUCCCGCGGUCCAACAAAUGCCCGUUUUAAGUUCAUCUGGCCCGAGUUCACCGUCCGGAACCAGAAGGAUUUCGAAACGGCUCUCACGAUCUGGCAGUUGCACCCCGGAAACACAGCAAAAGAUUCUCCAUUCAAGCUCAGAGCACUGGAGGGCGACGACGAAGAGCCCGUCAACGACGACCCUAUGAUUUCGAGUGGAGGUUAUCCACCGCUUCCGAGUAAUCCUGACCCCCCCAAGCAUCUCCUACUCAGAAUCAUCAGUGCAAAGGAACACAAAGAAGCAGUUCAGUUUGCCUGGCAAUCAUUGUUUGGCGGGACCAAAUUCUCAGAGGACAACCUUGAAUGGACGAAGUUGGAAAAGGAACUUCAUCAACUGGAGUUCUUGCCGCGUGAGAUGAAACUGGUGUUGAAGUAUGUGGAUUUGGACGCUGGCAGCACGCUUACAGUCAAGACUCGCACGACCCUAUAUGGUGUCCUUGUCGCAUUCAAGCGUCACUUCGACUGCUCUGUUUGUGGCCUGUAUUUGGAGGACCGAGCCGAAGGUGAUCAGGGGAAUAGGCUCUCUAUUCCCGAUUUCAUGACACCAAAACGAGGCAAGAACGGCAUACCGCACGAUCGCGGAGAGGUUCAAUAUAUGCGAACGAUCGUUGACUUGACGGGUCCCGAAACAGAUGAGAUGGAGCCGGGUUCAACAGGGAGUACCUGAACUGACAAGGCUGUCAUGGUCUCGGCUCGAGAACCGGGGUCACUGAAACGCCAAAUGUACGACGAUUUCCUGAAGUAUACAGAGCAUAAAUCAAAGGGAGAUCCCUCUCGUCAUGCGUCGUCAUGGACAAGAAAGACACAAACACGUAUGAUCAUUAGGCCAAGACGGUAUUCGUUUUGUCUUGUGAUGGAUGACGACGGAGCGACCCUCGAAAGCAAGGAAUGAAUGUCACACAUUCUGGCGCUGGCCAGUCCUUGUUUCAGCUCGACGUCCACACUCGCCGGAGGGGGAACGUGCAUAAAUGCAAGUACCGGUAUGACGUCCGCGGUCUGUUAUAUCGCUCAUAGGUAUUUUUAGGGUCAAACGCUUUUCUUCACUUUCACAUCAGUGCCGUUUGCUUCCUGAUAUUCCGUGAACACCUGCAAGAAGCAUGCAUAUCGUGACAUUCAGCGGUAAACUUGAAUAAAUUGUGGCCUGUACUCGAUAGCCCGGCCACUUACACCUCUAUAGGUAUUUCACUCGUAUCCA